AUGGGCGCAACCCCGUUUCAUCGUUUCAUCCUCGAGGUCUGGCUACCAAAGCACUUUGACAAGUCGACGGACAUGAGGUACGAUGGAACUCAAGACCCGCAGGAGCACCUUACGGCCUUCGAGCCUUCCGCAGGGCUUGGUGGCCAGGUUUUCGGACUUAGCCGCGCUUUUCUAGCCCAAUUUACUACCAGAAUCGCAAAGGCAAAGUACCCGAUCAAUUUGCUCGGAGUGACUCAAAGGUCCGGCGAGCCGACCAGAAAGUAUCUAGACCGGUUUAACGACGAAUGUUUGGAGAUCGACGGGCUAACUGAUUCGGUAGCCAGUCUGUGUUUGACAAAUGGGCUCCUGAACGAGGACUUCAGGAAGCAUCUUACCACGAAGCCGGUGUGGACGAUGCAGGAGAUCCAAAGCGUAGCCAGGGAAUAUAUCAAUGAUGAAGAAGUCAGUCAAGUCGUGGCUGCCAACAAGCGGAAGCCCUCCUACAACCAACCUCGGCAGCACGGUGGUGGAGAAAGGCAGAAGGAGCACGCCAGAGAUGGCGGUCCGAUAGCCGAGAAGGGAAUUUUAUCGAAGCCCCGACCUCUGAAGGACCGAACUAGGGAGAACAAGAGCCUCUAUUGUGAUUAUCACAAGGGCUAUGGACACAAGACACAGGAUUACUUCGACCUAAAGGACGCGCUAGAACAAGCGAUCUGGGACGGAAAACUGGCCAAAUUCUCCCAUCUCAUCAGGGAGCCAAGGAGGCGAGAUCGCGACCGCGAGGGAGAGGACAAGACCCGCGCGAUGAAGCGACGUCACGAGCUAGAGGACAACGAGCACGGCCUUACCAUAGUGAACGUGGUAACAGUAAGAGACGCGCCUCCAAGGUCGAGGUCGGCACACAAAAAAGACGCCAAAGUCCUGGCAGUUUUCUCAUCUUCUGUGCGAAACUCCAAGAGGGUCCCACCUAUCUCAUUCGGUCCAGAGGACCAAUGGUUCGAUGAGGCCGCGGAAAACCCUCCCAUGGUCAUCACGGCCAGAGUGGGAACCGGCCCCAUCAAAUGGAUCCUCGUGGACACCGGGGCUGACUCGAAUAUCAUGUUUUGCAACAUGUUCAACGCCUUGGGCCUACGGGAUGCCGAUUUAAAGACUCACCAGCACGGUGUCGUAGGCUUGGGCGACGACUUCAUCAAGCCAGACGGGAUAGUCUCCCUACCAAUAUCUGUAGGAUCACGACAGGGGCGAAGAUCGGUAAUGGCUGAGUUCGUGGUUCUGCGAGACUCCAUGGCCUACAACAUCAUCCUAGGGAGGAAGACUAUCAAUGACUGA